CAGCUUCCCUUUUGGGUAUUAAGUCUCUCUCUACUUUCUCUCUCUAUUUUCUUUUCUUUUCCUUUCUUUUCUUUUCUCUUAAAAACUCACUCUCACUUCUGCCAUUCGUAUACUCUCUCUCUCUCUCUCUAACUCUGACUCACUUUCUCUCUCUAGAACACAAAAUGGCAGACAGAGUCCACCCUUCAUCCAAACCCAUCGCCAACGGCACCACUGCCGGACCUACCCCCGCCGCCGCCGCCACAGCAGCAGCACCACCAACUAUCAAUCCCACAGCGACCAAACCUCAACUCCGACAACCCUACCGCCCCCAACCGCAAUACCGCAACCGCCACCACCGACGUAGCAACCGCAACAUCUGCUGCUGCUGUUGCUUCUGGACGAUUCUCUUAGUUCUCGCAAUCGGUCUACUCGCCGCCAUAGCCGCCGCCGCCGUCUACGUACUCUACCACCCGAACCGACCUCAAUUCACAAUCGAUUCCCUCCGCAUUGCCAAGCUCAACCUCACCACUUCCCCCGACACCUCCUCCUCCCACCUCAAAACACUUCUCAACCUAACAAUCUCCUCCGAAAACCCUAACAGCCACCUCACCUUCUUCUACGACGCCUUCACCGUCACCGCCUCGGCCGGAGGCGGCGACGUCCAAAUCGGAAACGGAUCGAUCCCGGCCUUCGUCAGCGAGAAGAAGAACGAGACUACUUUCCGUACGAUCGUGGCGGCGUCGCAGGAUCUGGACACGGAUUCGACGACGGCGGUGAGAUCGGAUCUGAAGAAGAAGAACGGAGUUCCGUUGAAGAUUCAGAUGGAUACGAAUGUGAAAGUUAAGAUGGAGAGCUUGAAGAGUAAGAAGGUUGGGAUUAGGGUUACGUGUGAAGGAAUCAAAGGAGUGGUGGCGCCGAAAGGUAAGUCGCCGACGGUGGCGUCCGUCUCCGGCGCCAAAUGUAAGGUCGAUCUUCGGAUCAAGAUCUGGAAGUGGACCUUUUAAAUCACAAAUUCAUUCAUUUUUUCAAUUAUGCCAUUUUUUUUUGUUAAUUUGUUUUUUGAGGGAGAAUUUUGUAUAACUCAAAAUAAAAAAUUAAAAAAAAACAAAAAAGAAAUUAAACCCACAAAGCCUAAGCAAUUGAGGUUUAUAGUAGAGGUUAAUGGAAAUUUGUGGAAAUGUUAGAUUUAUUUUUAUUUUUGGUUUUUUUUUUUCACAUCUUUGGUUGGGUUGUAAAAGUGAAUCUGAAUUUUGAUGGCAAUGAAAUGUGAUAAUAUUCUCUUUUUUUA